CUCGACAAAUUUAUAUUUCCUAAUUUACGGUGAAAUUUUUGGUAAAAAUCUCUAUCCUUACUGUCGAUUUGUGACGAUGGAGACGAGUGUUAAUCACUUGGAUGAAGAGGGUUUGAAGGAGACAAUCAGAAGUCUGCUGAAUUCCGACAAAGUGAAGUUGUGGUUGGAGCCAUAUUCGACUGCUGAUGGAUCGAAAAGUGCAAGGCCCUCCGAGCUGAUAAAAAAGUACUCAGAAACCCUGAAAGUUUCAGAAACUCUGGUGGAAGAGACACUGGAACAGUUGAGGCGACAUUCAACUUUGAAGUUCACUGCCAAGAGGAAGUACCAGGAGACUGACGUUGCUACCAUCUACGUCAGAUUCAGCCAGGGUUCCAACACUUCGCCCAAUUCUUCGGGCAGAUCACAAGAAAAUUACAUAGAGACCUCCUUACAUACGCCAGUCAAUGAGGUCAAAGAAAUCAUUGGUAACCUUUUCAAGGUCGCUCCUGAAAAGCUGAAACUCAUCUCACUUGGCAAGUGCCUUUCAGAAAACUGGACACUCAAUGAUUACAACGUCAAGAAUUUAGGCAAGAUACUGGCCAUUUGCCUGUCCGACGACGAAGAGAAGUUGAUGGCGAAGGAUGAGAAGGUAGACCCAGAACAGGACGAGAAAAUCGAGAAAACAAAAAAGGCUACCGAAAUGAUGAUUAAUGACGAUGUUGACGACUGGUACAAUCUCACCGUAGCUGACCAAAAUGGAAAGUCCUUUGAUAUGCCUGUCGAAGAAAGGAAGGCUCUGGCAGUGGCGAUGAUGCUACACGAAAAGGGUAAGACAUGUAUGAAGAAGAAGAAUUUCGGUCUGGCUCUUGUCUAUCUGCUGGAGGCCGAUCUAGAAUUCUCGAAAUGCACUUCUCAGUUGUUGGAGCUGGUGGACAACUACGCCCUCCUCUGCCUCGACAUCAUCUGGUGCUACUUCAUCAUGCAGCAAGUCGACUCCCUGCCGGACGCUGAGAGACGCCUGUUAAUCACGGAGGAGAGGCUCGUCAAAAGUUACGGCCCUGAAAUGGAGAGGGUUCAAAGAGUUAGGGGCAGCUGUAGUCAGGAGGUGGCAGUGAUGAUGAAGUUACACUUGAUGCAGGGAGUUCUUAGUUUCUACAAGAGGGAGCAUCAUAAGGCCAAGAAGUUUCUGGAUAAAGCAGAAGAGGAAUUGAAAUCUCUGCAAGUUGAUAAGGAAGACAUGAUGACCAUCAUGGAGAUAGGCUAUUCAGAGCAGGAGGCCCGAUUGGCCCUGAGGUUUUGUAAGGGUAACGUGUCGCAAGCCAUUGAGCAUAUCAUGACUAAGAAACAAGAGAGGAGGAAAAUUGAGGAGCAGGAAAAAGAAGAAAAGUACAGGAAGAAGAUGGCGAAGGUUCUUGGAAAGACCAGCAGUGGUCAGCUGGUGGAUGCCAGCCUCUACAAGAACCUGACCUCGAUGGGUUUCGACAAGGGGGCCACCCUGCAAGCCCUCAAGAAACACGACAACAACUUCAUGCUGGCCAUUGAGUUCCUGCAGACGAAUCCAAACCUCCGCCUGCCAGAUCCAGAGGCCAAAAAGAAGAAAUUGAAAAUAACAGAUGAGAUGAUCAGCCAACUGGUGAGUCUCGGGUUCGACGCCGACGUCAGCCGAGCUACCCUCCAUCAUUUUGAGGGCAACUUGGAGGAAGCUACCGCGGAGUUAUUCAAUCUCUCUGGUAAGAUACCGAAGGAGUGGCUGGAUAAAGUAGCUAAAAAAGUUACUUCUGCUGCUGCUGCUGGUGGUGUUGAUGGUAACGGUUCCACUGACGAGUCCAAUUCAGCUGCGUCAGCGGCUUCUGGGAGCGCCAGCAACAUGGACACGGAGGAGAUGAAGAAGUUCCUGGAAGAGGAGAUCAUUGACGGCUUCAACGACGAGCAAGACACCGACUACUUAGAUCUGAACGUCGACGACGAGAACAACGUCCUACAAGAGUUCAAGGCCAAACUGGCUUCCAUCCUUGAUCAUUGAUUCGUUCAUCCUUGACCUUUCGAUUAAUGUUUAUUUUUUUUAGUUCUUAUUAGUUUAUUGAUCAGAUAUUAACAUUAUGAUGUUCUUUCUUCAUUCGUUCGUUCAUUCGUUCGUUCGUUCGUAUUUAUUUACCGACGAAUUUACUCCCAAGAAAAGUAUUUUACAACGUUUUUAAAUUUUCAUCUUAAACCGUCUGCACGUGUUGAUAAUUUUGUUUGAGUUUGACCGAACUUUCAAAUUAUUAUGUUCCUAAUUUGGUGACAACUUCUUCAGUGUUGAUUUCUUCAACGAAAGAUGGGACGAAAGCAAUCGUUGGAUUCCUUUUGUUCCCAGCUGACAUUAAUUUUCGGUAAAAGAUCUUCUCCGUGUAAGCAGAGUUGAAUCUUUUGCACUAAUCCACCACAUAUCGAUAUAUAUAUAUAUAUAUAUAUAUAUAUAUAUAUAUAUAUAUAUGUUUCGAUUUUUCUCACUAAAGUUUUUUGGUAAACGUUUAGUUUAUUAAAAAAACUUUAGUGAAAAAAAUCGAAAAAACGAACUACAAACAUAUUAACGCCAAAUAUUCGGUAGAAUUUAUAGAAUAUUGUAAAAAAAAUAGAUAUAUAUGUGUUUGUGUUUGCGUGUGUGUGUAACAUUGUUUGCGUGUGAGUGUGUAACACGCCCCAUAGCGUAUAGAAUUUUUAUGAUGUAGUUUUAUAAUAUGUACGUCAUACACGUUUUGGUACUUACUCGUGCACGUGUGUAUAUGACGCGCGUAUGUAUGUUUCAGACAUUUUCUGUACUUAAUGUGACAAGUGCACUCUUUUCGUUUGAUGUUUUUAAUGAAAUUAGUUUUUGAAUUCCCGUUGUACAUUUUUUUUGGCUGUCAAAUUUUUUACAUACCAUUGUCCUUUGUAUUUGUUUCCAUAUUAUGUGUGUAAUUUUGAAUGUGUUUACAUUACGUUUGUGUAUCUUAUUUUAAUCAUCUCAUACAUAUUCAAAUCAUCUCAUAUAAAUUCAUACGUUGCAUCACUGCAUCUUAACCUCAAUUCAACAUUAACAUUUGGUUCAUCCUUGACCUUCUAUCUUUCCUUGCCCUCUGAUACUCUAAUGCCCUUUCGGUGACUGACUUAUAUAUCGUAUCUACUCAUUCAUUCACCCAUUCAUUCAUUCAUUACUCAUUCAUUCAUUACUCAUUCAUUCACCCAUUCAUUCAUCUUUUUUUUGAUAAUGUCCAAUACAUUCGAUAAGAAAAUUUUUAAUUUUAUAAAAUUUCUUCAUACAAACUGUAAUAAAAUUGUUUGUAAAAAAAAAUUUAAUACAAGGUUUUUCAAAACGAUGGUAACAAAUGCUAAAACAAGUCUCAAGUUAUGUUGCAUUAGCAAUAUUUUAGAAAUAGACAUCAUUGCAGACAGACACACACACACUCACACACACAUACACAAUAAAGAUCCACGACUCUGUAUAGAUAUAUACAACAGUUGGAAGGAGGCCAUAUUUUAUACAGUAUUGUAUGAAUUCUACCGAAUUGUUGGCAUUAGUCAAUUUAAAGUUUGCCUUUUCAUUUUUUCUUAGUAGAAUUUUCUCAGAAUUGUUUAAUUAUAACAAUAUACAGGCAAAUGCAAACUGUUUAUUUUCACCUAAAACCUUCUGAAAUAUUAUAACAACAACGAAUGAUAUUUUCCAAUAAUAAUGAUUACACUUUUCAUGAACACAAAGAAAAUACGUAUUUUAUAAAUAAAUAAAUAAAUAUAUAUAUAUAAUAUAUAUAUAUAUAUAUUUAUUUAGUGUUUUUAUAGACUGUGGAGCAAGAGGAAAUGUGAAGUCAAUUGCCUAAUCCUUGCCCGAAUUUAACGAAGUCGUUGGGUUUUGCAGAGAAUUUGAAAUUUUUGUCUGCCUCAAAGAUGAGGACGAUGGUGGAGCCGAGAUUGAACUCACCAAACUGUUCACCUUUUGUGAAGUAUAAGGAGGUGGCCAGGGAUGGGGAGGCCGGAGAUGAAGAGGAUGAUGAUGAUGAUGAGGAAGACGUCAGUGUAGCCGGUGGUGGGUGAGAUGAGGAUGACGGCGAGAAGAAAUUAUCGAAUGUCAAAUCGAUCAUCGAUGGCUGAUUUGCUUUCUGAUUCGUUUUCACAGGAUCCUUGUAAACUCUGAUGGAGCCCACAUUGGUAGCCCCGACGGCAGCCAUUGAAAAGAAUCCCGACUCCCACUGCCCGAUGUACACGACCCUCUCAUUCACGUUCAACAGUUCCGGAAAUUUGUC